GCCUUGCUUAGGCACUAAUCCUUGCACAAAUUUCAAACCAUUUUAAAUUGCAGAGGCGUUCCUACUGCGACUGCGUCAUCUCGGCCUUGACCACGAAAUGCGAGGGAAGGUCGGACGAAAGAGAGAGCGCGGGGAGGGAAUCUGUCUUCUCUCUGACGAACCAGGUGGCGACGAUUCUUCUCCGCGUGUUAGGUUGCUCAUGUGAUUUUGCUGCUAGAGCUGCCUCUCUUUCUUGCCAAUUCUUGAGGAUUCUGCGGAUACUCAAAGCCGCCUCCCCCCCCCCCCCUCUCUCUCUCUCUCUCUCCGAGGUUUUGGGGAGUUGUAGAGGCUUGUCAAGCUAAAUCUCACCUCGAAUUUUAAUUAGCCGUCGUUGGAUCUUCCCUUUCUUCUUCUGGUGGGAUUCUUCGCCAUUUUGGAGUUAAAUCCCACCUGAGAUUUCUUCGCCUUCCUGGGUUUUCCUGUGCCACUUGUUCUGGAUGCGUUGUGAUUCGUUCACAAAUGGUGAGCUGCUGAUACCAGUAAGGAUUGACAUGUUUGUUUGCUUUGGGCAAGUGGGAGAACAAGAAAUUAGCCGAUACAGUAGUCUCUUGGAAGCAGAAAAUGCACUCAUAUUCACUUAAAGGUUCCAAGGGUGCGCCAUUUCAGCCGCGACCGAUCCUUGUUUUCUUCAUUGCAUUGUUUUGUUUCUAUGUAUGCUACUUCUCCUUCAAUCAGAUAACACUGGAGAACAAAGGAGAGUGGAAUAGUGAAGAAGAACAAAGGGAAAAUAUUUGCAGAAAGCCUUAUGUGCCAUAUGAGGAGCUCCGCUAUGUGCACUUUCCAAAACCUACUAGUUACAGCAGUUUAACCUUCUUCCACAGAGGGGAAUGCUCAUGUAGUCCUGUUCGUUUCUUUGUUAUUGUAUCUAUGCAAAGAUCGGGAAGUGGAUGGUUUGAGACUUUGCUAAAUAGCCACCCUAACAUCAGCUCAAAUGGCGAAAUCUUUAACAGAAUGGAUAGACGAGAAAAUAUCUCAUCUAUCUUACAAACACUUGACAAACUGUAUAAUUUGGACUGGCUCACCAGUGCAGCGAAGAAUGAAUGCACAGCUGCAUUUGGACUGAAGUGGAUGCUAAAUCAGGGAAUUUUGGAUAAUCAUGAUGAUAUUGUUAGUUAUUUAAACAAGAAGGGUGUCUCCGUGCUAUUUCUAUUCAGGAGAAAUACAUUACGAAGGCUCAUCUCUGUUUUGGCCAACGACUAUGACAAAGAUGCAAAACAGUUGAAUGGAACUCACAAAUCUCAUGUUCACUCAAAAGAAGAGGCUGAGAUACUAGCAAAAUUCAAACCAGAGCUGGAUACGUCGACUCUGAUUACAAAUAUCAGAAACAUUGAGAAGUCCAUCAGAGAUUGCUUGGACCACUUCAGCACCACGCGGCAUAUGACCCUCUGUUACGAGGAUAUAAUCGGAGACAGCAAUGCAUUAUCCCAGGUGCAAGAGUUCCUCAGAGUUCCGGUGAGGAAGCUGAUCAGCAGGCAGGUGAAAAUUCACACAAGACCACUUCCGGACCUUGUCAAGAAUUGGGAGCAAGUGAGCAACACAUUAAAGGGGACAGAGUAUGCUCACUUUCUUGAUGAUUCAGAUUAUGUCAAGUGAUGUAUAUACUGAAUUACUGAUGCGAGCGGCCAGAUUACCGUAUUAUUCACAUGUUAGGUUGUAGUUGCUAUCCUGCCAUAGGAUUUAUUCUUCUGUACAAAUGAGUUUGUAAAGUAAAAAAAAAAGGCAGAGAUAACAGAUCAAGAUGCAACAUACUGGUCAAAUUGUUGAAAUUUUUCCCUUUUUUUAGCAUUGUUUCAAUCAGAGUUGCUCAGGAUUGUGCC